AUGGCUCCCCCAUCCAAGCUCGCCGUCGCCACCUCCUCCGUCAACCGCCUCGUCAAGGAGGAGACUAGCUACCACAAGGAACUCGAGCAGCAGCAAGCGCGCAUCAAGAAACUCGAGGAAACUCCGGGUGACGAGAAUGCCGAGUACAUGCUGAAGCAGGAGCGUCAAGCGCUUGAGGAGACCAAGAACGUCCUCCCCGCCGUCCACCAGAAGAUCAAGGAUGCCCUUGAGAAGCUCAACGAUGAGCUUGAGGCCAACCAUGGCGCCGCGCCUACCGAGGAGGUUACGAAGGCCAAGGAAGCUGUCGCAGCCGCAUUGACUGCCAUCAGGGAGAGCGCUUAA